AUGGAAAUCAAAUCAACAGAAGAGCGCUUUUGUUAUGGGGACUUUAGAGCUCAAGUCGAGGCAACCGCCUUGCUGCUGCUGCAUUUGCGGGAUGAUGCUCUGAAAAGGCAGUUGGAAGACGACUAUUCGCUGCAGAAGUGGCUAAGGGAUCUGUUGUUGCGGCUUCCGACCGCGUAUGAAUGCCACUCCAAUCAGGGUUCUCCUCUCCCCAGCCCGACGCAAAAGCUGUUACUGCGGGUCUUUCUGAGGCUGUCGAGGCUGCACCUGCUCGAGCAACAGCUGCAGCAGCUGCUCUUGGUGCCAUGUUCGGCCUGCCUGGAUGUUUGUCUUUGCUGGGAAGAAGCAGACCCAUCGUUAUGCUGUGAAGUCGCUGCUACGCUUCUGGCAUCGCUGAAGCCCACAAAGCGGCAACGGCUCGUUUCGGAACUGCGAGAAUCUGUACUCACUGCUCUGGAAGCUUCCGAGAGGUCUUUGGAUACCCUGAGCCGACGGCCGGAUUGCCCCCUAGUGAAUUUCCCGUUGUCGGCAGAUGGGGGCCACGGUUGUCUGCCGUCCUGGCAGGAGGCUGCUGCUUUAACUCUGCAGCCUUUAAUCGAGGUUCUCGCGGUGUUACGCGUAGCAACGUUCUGUCUGCCGGUAUCAUUUGCGCUGGAGUUGUGGGAUAGAAAGCAAAGUGGGGACUGCUCACUGCCCGCAGUAGAGGCGGUGCUGAAAUACCUCAAAGAGCCGGAGCUCCCAACAAGUGCCCAGUCUCCUUUCUCUGCUCCCCUCAGAGCCGUUUGCGCAGCACUUGAUUGUUCUGCGAACGGCGACACCACCGAAUGCCUCAAUGGCGAUCUGGAAGUUAGCGGGGUCCUUCGUUUGCUGCAGCAGUGGCGUGUAGCCAAUGUGAAUGAAGAUCAGAUAGAUUACAUUGAGUCAAUUUUGUCAACCCCCAAGGCCGUCACGAUGCCAUCGACAUUGGGUGAAGGUGAAACCACGCAACAGCCGGCAGCUUCCCUUGAAGCGAAGACCUCAUUGGUUCUGACUUCAGCAGAUGCCGAAACUGUAAG